CUCGUCGAAAGUCCUCAAUUUCUUUCACCUCAAUUCCUCCUCCGCCUUAAAAACCCGAAAUAGCCAAAUUCAGCCCCGCAGAGCUAAUGGUCCGCAUUCCACCAGAACGAUGGCGGCUACCUGUUUGCAACGACGCGCUUCAACCCUAGCCCGAUUCAGUCGACAGACUCUUCCAUCCUCGUCGAGACAGUUCGCCUCCGAUUCCGGCGCCUUGGUCGAGCUCCCCGGCGAGGCCGCAAUUGUCGCACAAAUCCCCGAACAACAGCGUCGUAGAAGGGUCGUAAUCUACUCGCCAGCUCGGGCUGCGACGCAACAGGGAUCUGGAAAAGUUGGGAGAUGGUUCAUUAAUUUCCUUUCUGUACACAAGUGGGAGAAUCCAUUGAUGGGUUGGACAUCGACCGCAGAUCCAUAUGCGAAUGUUGGUGAUGCAGGGCUUAGUUUUGAUAGUGCUGAAGCUGCAAUUGCAUUUGCUGAAAAGCAUGGUUGGGAAUACUCGGUCAAGAAGUUCCACGCCCCUAUUCUAAAGCCGAAGUCCUAUGCUGACAACUUCAAAUGGAAGGGUCCACCUCCUGCCGAGGAUCACCAGUGAAAGACGUCUUUGACUUUCCGGGUUGUUGUAGGGUGCAACGUAACAUGCAUUCUCAGUGCUACUAUCCACAGCUGGUGAAAUUAUCUUCAGACAUUGCUGCUGCCUUGGGACCCUUGUCUCGCAGGGGUGUGAAACCUCCAGGUGAACAUAUAAUCCUUGGACUCGCAUGACAAUCUGCUUACGUCACAGAAGGCACUGAUACAACUCUUCUUACCUGGAUUCCCCCAUUCAAUCCUGACCCAGCAUGAGAACCCAUUAGAUGAAACCGGCACCCUCGAAUCGGAAAGGUGCAGUGCCACCUCCCCACAAAUUCUCUUGCAGCACGAGUUGCUGUUGCAUCCCAGUCGACCAUUCCCCAUCGUCACCAUGGAAUUCAGCCACGAACAUUCCGGCUGACCAACCAUUUCCUUAUAUGCAGAAUUUGCCAGCCUCACCUUGUUGUUCGAAUCUGAUAUUACAGCUGGCAACUCUAAUGCUCGAACCAACUGGUCGGACCGGAUGGGGGGCUAUAACAGCAGGGCGAGGUUCCUGCAGUUGCCGCAGCAGAUCUUUCUCCUCUGGUACCUCCACCACGGUGUUCAAAUCUAUGUCCUCCUGACUCGGUGCCAUGCAUCUCAUCAGCUCAUGCAGAGGCGGCAUUCCUCCUUGGUUUGUUGUACCUACUGCGGCAACUGAAGGAGGAGGAAGAAGUGGAAGUGUCAAGGGCGUGGUAACGAGUGACGAGUUGUCGAAGCUGCUACUCAUCCCACCAAGGCUAUGAAGCGCCGGAAGCUGGUUAGAGAACCCAUGAAGAAACCCUUGCAUGGAGAGAUGCUUGGCAGGGGACGAGGAAAGGCCAAUGGGCAUUUGAUGAUGGAUUCUCUGCCUUUUGAUGACUGGUGGAGAUAAAGAAGAUCCUCUGCCCCUCUUGCGGGUUCUUGUUGGCCUGGCCUGCAAUUGUGGCCACAGGUUCCUCAGGUAAGGGGAUUGCCUGAUCUUCUGAGACAUGCCGGAAGAGUUGGAAUUUGAGUUCUCGUCCUCGCCUGAAUUGGAAGGACAGUCUGGCUUGGGUGCAAUGGGCCUGUACCUGGACAUUAUCUCAGCCGUUUUGGCUGUGGUUGAGUAAGGAGCCAAUGUCUUGAUCAUGAUAAGAAAUUUGUUCUUUUAACCCUUUCUGUUCAGUUUCAGAUUGUGCGAGAGAGAAAGAAACAGACUUUGAAAGGGCUGGAGAAUUUCUGAUUGUUGGUUAGAAGAGAGGCGAGGGAAGCAUUUCUAUUUGCAGGUUCACCAAGGGAGGGAUAAUUGAAAAGAGAAGGAAGGGGAAGGCGUAGGGGAGUAAGAUGGUUGGCGGUGGUGGGGAGAUUUAAGUAGGUGGGAGUGGCCAAUGAGAAGGAGGCAGCAUGAAGCAAAGAGGAAGGAAAUGGUGACACUUGGAAAUGGGAAUGUGGGGUACGUGUUUGAGAGGGUUUUAAAAGCAAGGACAUGUGGGUUACGAGUGGGGUAGUGGGUCCAUGCAUGCUAACACAUAUCAAGUUCACUGGAUAUGGUCUUCUUCUCUUCUGGCUAGCUUCGCUUCUUUCAGGCAGAAGAAGGGUGAAAAAAGGUGGCAAGGGAGAGUGAACUGAAAACUGAAAGGAAUCAGCUCAGUGAAUUCAGCAGAGUAACUAUUACUGUUUUAAGGUUUUUUUCUUUGGCCCAUGAAACCCACCAAUCAAGAAAGGAGUAGGAGGGGCAGUACUCUCAACUCUGUACAGUUCCUUUCCCCACUGUGGACUGACUUCCAUUAUAACGCGUGUGGCGUUGGCUGCCAUGCGUGGAUCCACCUAUCAGAAUUUGGUGUGGGAGGUUGGCGGAAUGGAAAUCAGCUUAUUUACCACUCUGCCACCCACGCUGGUGCAAGAAAUCUAGCGGGAGUCGGCUGUUCUUGGAAGUUUGCGACACGCGUCGAGUGAGCAGACUGGUGCGUUGCAUGCAAAGAGGUGAUGGUAAAAACGUGGGAGUUGGAGAUGUUGUUGGGAGGCGUGCUGCUGUUUCUGUUUUUGCCUAUCAGCGCCGGAGGAUGAGCGGUGCUUUUGCUGUCUACCUACCACGUCAUCAAAAUGGCUGCCAGCGAAUAGCUCUUCUCCUUCAGUUUUUGUUCCUGCUUUUACUGAAGCAGGGCGAAAUCAUCCCCCUUGCUGCUCGUCUUAAGUUUGAGUACUGAGGAUAUUAUGGAAUUGGCAAUCCUCUGGGUUGGGUGUGUUCCCGCCGACGAUUCCCUUCUGGCCAAUUCCGAUGCCAGGAGGAGGUGGUUUUGAGGAGAGUUGUUGAAGAACCGUGGGGCUGAGUUCAAAAUCGAAGGUGGUAACAUAUGUAGGUAGAUGUAAGGCGACAUAUGGGUAUAUUUUAUACCAAUCCCAACUUCAGUACAUGCAAUUAACGAGAAGUGUGGUGGAAUGGCUAGCAACAGAGAUACAAAGAGUUGCGAAGAAUACAAGAGCACAGAGACUAGCAUCGCGUUCAUCCACAGGCCAAGCUCCUCAAUGUCAAGGAUCAGAUGUAAGCUAUCCUUGUGAGGGGAUUUCAGUCCGAUUUGAUGGGGCCACAAGAUCACACCAUGGUGGUGCAAUCGACUUUGUUGGCUUCUCAUGUGAUGGAACUGUCUCUUUUACUUUUGAUUGACAAGUGGUCAUCAAGGAUGUUACUUCAAGGAAGUCACUGCAGGGGCCAUCUUAGAGGAAGUUCUUCGUCUCUCCUCUUUCUUCGAGUCAGUCUCGUGUCUUUUCACUCUUCAGAGUUUCAAUAGAGCCGCCCACCUCCUAGCAAAACAAGUUCAUUCAUUAGGAGUCCGGUUGAAUACAGACUAUCGUUCUUUAUUAUUGCCUUGUUUGUAGUUUUGUUGCUUGGCAACUUUAUGGAUAGUCUUUUUCAAAAUAAAUCAAAUAGUCAAGUGUAAAUGUGUAAUGAGAUUACUUGCAACUAAAAGAGUGCAAAUCAAGUGACUAAGGAGAU